AUGAAGCUGAAUGAGCGGAGCGUGGCCCACUAUGCCACCUGUGACUCGCCCGCCGACCACGCCGGCUUCCUCCGCAAGCUGGUGGAGCGACACCACCACCAUGCCCACCACCACCACGCCACCUCCUACCAGCGCCGCUGGUUCGUCCUCAAGGGCAACCUCCUCUUCUACUUUGAGGAGAGGGAAAGCCGGGAGCCCGUGGGGCUGGUGGUGCUGGAGGGCUGCACCGUGGAGCUGUGCGAGGCUGCCGAGGAAUUUGCCUUUGCCAUCCGCUUUGAUGAUGCUGGCGCCAGGGCUUACGUGCUGGUGGCUGACGGGCAGGCUGCCAUGGAGGCCUGGGUGAAGGCGCUCUCGCGGGCCAGCUUCGACUACAUGCGGCUGGUGGUGAGAGAGCUGGAGAAGCAGCUGGAGGAGGCCUGCAAGAGCUUGGCCGCUUGCCGCAAGUCUCCGCGGAGGUCCUCCUCCUCCGGCAGGAAGAGGCACCUCUCC